GGCCAUGAGUAUUGCCAGUGGCUUGGGAGAUAGGGAGUGGGGCUCUGCAACCUCUACACCAGCCCAGGCAGAACCUGGGCUCAAACCGGCUUGGCAAUUUUCUUAGAGAUCGUCUGGCAACCCUCAACCCCACCCUGCCAUUGUGCACAGGGAACCCUGCAGCCUGUAGAGGGUGAGGAGUGGUCCAAGGUCACAGAGAGAGCCUGUGAAUGUUUUCCUCUUCACUUAGGUCAGAUUCCCUGAGAAAUCGGGAAGAGGUCUAGGAGUCCUCUGUUGCACCAGAAUGCAUGGAUUUUUGUCUAGAGUAUUGGGAAGGUAGGGGCCCCCAUCUCUGUAAGUGAACUAGAUAGAUACUGCUUUGUCCCAGACUCUCGUUCUCACACUUAGGUUUCGGUCCUGGGGCCCCUUUCUCCGCCUCCCACCACAGCAUCAGCACCUAGCCAUUCUGAACUCUUUAUUUGGCUCUCCAGAAAGGACAAUGUGUGGGAGGGUGCUGGGCCCUGCCCACUGUGCCCACCUCAGCUGCUCUAGUCCUGACUCAAGACAAUAAACCACCCUUUAAUAUGUCCCUCCAGAAAUAGGGCAUCUUUAGCUGUUGGCUGCAUUUCAGGACAGCAAAUGGGAAGCCUGGGGAAGGGAGAUCCAGAUAGACACGGGACCGGAAAGCAGCAUCUCUCCCUAUCCCAAGACUACAGGCCCCCUGGGAAUAGAGGGGACAGGAGGAGCUGGAGUUGGGAGGUCAGAAUAACGGCGUUUCUCUUCAACCCGCUCUGGGGGUGAUCCUGUCCACUCCCCUGCCCCACUCACCACCAGAAGCCAAGGCGGCUCGUUUCCUCAUGCUUGGGAAGUUUUUUCCCUGUCGCAGAGGACUCAAGCCUCAGGCCAUCACUGGGAGUCAGCUCUGCUACAUCUCAGUUGGGUAAUCCUUUGCACAGUAGCUUGUCCAGGUGUCUGUGCUGUCCUUGGUCUACGGACAGCAGUGGUACCCAGCCAGUAUGCCCUGGUUAAGCCUGUGAAAAUGCUGUCCCUGCCAGCUAUGCAGAAGGGGGCUCCUCAGACCAUGCUUUCCUAGACCUAAGGGAGGUGUAGGGGUGGGUAAGCAGACCCUGCCUCUUUCCAUCCUUGGAGAAGGCGAUUGGUGAUUGGACUUUUGAAGUUUGCCCAAUAAUUGGGAAUGCAAGAAACUAAGGCCGAUCAAGGCAGACGUAAGGCUGGGGACUGCAUGGCAGCAGGUGACUGGCACUCGGUUCCAUGAUAGCACACAGCGUGGGACAUGAGGUAGGAAGGCUGGCAGAGAGCAGAUAGCGGCUGUAUUUGUUACUUUUCUAUUGCCGUGACAAAAUGCAAGGAAACUCGGAGAGUGAGUUGGGCUUAUGGUUUCAGAUGAUGGUGGAACUAAGGCAUGAUGGUGGAAACAGCUGAUGGCUCACAUUUUUAUCCACAAGAGGAGGCAGAGAGAGAGAGAGGAGAGAGAGACAGAGAGACAGAGAGACAGAGAGAGAGAGAGAGACCGAGAGAGAGGGGGGGAGAGCUAGCUAACUGGGAUUAGUGUGGGCUUUUGAAGACUAAAGCCUGUCCUUAAUGACACACCUACUCCAACAAGGCCACACCUCCCAGUCCUUCCCAGACAGUUCCACCAACUGGGGACCAAGUGUUCAGACAUCACGAGCUUGUGGGGACCAUUCUCACCCAAGGCACCACCAGGACGGAGUCUUGGGAGUCUGGGUUCACAUGACUUUUGUGAAGCACUUUACAGGCUCCUCUCCAAGUUUCUGCUUUUUCCUUUUGUGGCUCAAAGUAACAGUCGCUAACACUUGUUGUGUCUGGCUUGGCCUGAGAUGACAUUGUUCCAAACCCACAGAAUAGGGCUGGGGUAUAUUUAGUAGAGUGCUUGCUUAGCUGCAUGAAGCCCUGGGUUUGAUCCUCAGUACUUCGUAAACCAGGCAGAGAGUCACACUCUUGUAAUCCCAGCACCAGGGAGGUCAAGACAGGAGGAUCAGAAGUUCAGAAGUUCAAGGUUAUUGUCAGCUACAGAGUGAAUUUGAGGCCAGCCGGGACUAUAUGAGAUCCUGUCUCAAAACCGUUUUUUUCCUUUUUUUCAGGACAAGGUUUCUCUGUGGGUUUUUUGGUGCCUGUCCUGGAUCUCGUUCUGUAGACCAGGCUGGCCUCGAACUCACAGAGAUCCUCCUGGCUCUGCCUCCUGAGUGCUAGGAUUAAAGGUGUGUGCCACCACCGCCUGGGUUUUUUUUUUUUGAGACAGGGUUUUCUAUGUAGCCCUGGCUGUCCUGAAACUCCCUCUGUAGACCAGGCUGCCCUCAAACUCAGAGAUCUGCCUGCCUCUGCUUCUGGAGUGCUGGGAUUAUAGGCAUGCGCCACCAUUUCUGGCUAAAACCAUUUCUUUUCUUUCUUUCUUUUUUUUUUCUUUCCCGGAGCUGAGGACCGAACCCAGGACCUUGUGCUUGCCAGCCAAAGCCUCCGCGAUGCCGCACUUUCUGGACUGGUUCGUGCCUGUCUACCUGGUCAUCUCCGUCCUCAUCCUGGUGGGCUUUGGAGCUUGCAUCUACUACUUCGAGCCUGGCCUGCAGGAGGCGCACAAGUGGCGCAUGCAGCGCCCCCUGGUGGACCGUGAUCUCCGCAAGACGCUGAUGGUGCGGGACAACCUGGCUUUCGGAGGCCCUGAAGUCUGAGACGAAGGACAAUCCCUUGGUCUUUCCAUCCGUGCAUCUGUAGCCCAGUAGAGGCCCUUGUUGUUCAGGGAGGCCCCUGCGUAGAAACCAGGCACUUGAAUAUCUAUCUUAUUUGCUACUCCAGGCUCAAAACCUGGGCAUCAAGCCUGCUCACCCCAUGCCUUCCCUUCCUAGCUCUGGGGACAUCCUCCACUGGCCCUCAGUGCCUUUAAGUGCUGUCCAAGCUCCUGCACCUCCAUCUGGAGUCAGUUAUGACUGUCCCACGGAAUUGCCAGUUGCUUCCAGCUCCCAUCUCUGCCUCGCAGCUGCGCCGCCGGGCUGCUCUCAAAGCUGACCCAGGAAAAGCAUUUCAUCAGAAGGAUGCCAGCUUGCUUCAGACCAGCCCCACCCACCUCGGUGGGUUCAGGCUUAGAAUGAGUGAUAGUGUAUGGUGGAAGUGUGCAGAAGGGCAAGACUUUGAGAAGGGUGUGUGUGUGUGUGUGUGUGUGUGUGUGUGUGUGUGUGUGUGUGUGUGUGCCGGCGGGCACUAGUAGGUGAGAAGUUAUGUGUGUAUGAGAAAGAGAAUGGGGGUCCCCGGGCAGAGCAGGCAGUGGUGGGGGUGGAGCGGGCUCUGUGAGGGGAGGGCUGUGUGAGGACUAUCCACAGCAGGUUCCAGCCCCUUCCUUCUGCUGCACCCUUCCACUUUCCCCCUAGGCUGAGGUGGCCCACAGGAGCCCCUGCCCAUGCUCCCUCUCUGUCCCAUGCUGCACUUCCAGAGCCGAGCCUAGCCCUGCCUGCCCACUCUGGAAGCUCCUCCCGUGUGGAGACGUCAUUACUUGACUUUGUGGUACGAAUGGGCAGCCUUCAUCUCUCUCUUCAGGUGGGGCCUCCAUCUACAUUUAUUCAAAUCUAAUAAAGUUUUCAUGGCUA